AAAAGUAACUUAAAUUUAAAACUCGAAAACCCUAUAAUCGUUUCUUCUUCUUCUUCGUCUUCUUCUCAGGCGGCUCCAAAUCGCCGGUAAGCAUAUCUUCUCCGGCUGCUUCCAGUUUCGUUGCUCUCGUGAUAUCUACAACAAAGGAACAGAGCUGCACGAGUGGCUGCAAAAUGUCGGAAUCAGAAAAGAAACCACUUAUCAUACCAAAGGAUUGGUCUGAUGCAGCGAGUUCCGUUUCCUGCAGCUCGUUGCAACGGCCUGUAGCUUUGGUCUGUGGUCCUAAAGACAGUGGGAAGAGCACGUUCUCCCGUAAUCUUGUUAAAGUUCUUCUUCUCCAAAGAUACAAGAGGGUUGCUUAUUUGGACAUUGAUGUUGGCCAGCCUGAGUUCACUCUACCUGGUUUCCUCUCUCUCACAGUUGUCGAUAGAUCCAUUCUAGACCAGGAUUGGUCAGCUCCAUGUUUAAUGACACCGGAGAGAUGUUUUUUCUAUGGUGAUGAUUCUUCAAAGAGAGAUCCAAAGGCUUAUCUACAGUUUGUAUACACCUUGUUCGAUUACUACCAGCUUAACUUCUGCAAGUCGAGCGAGAAUAAAACUGCGUUGCCUCUUGUCAUCAACACACCAGGCUGGGUUAAAGGUAUUGGCUAUCAUGUAUUGGUGGACGUAUUGAGAUAUGUUUCUCCCUCCCACGUUGUGAAAAUCAACAUCUAUGAUUACAACAAGAACCUUCCAGCUGGGUUGUUCUGGUUAGACGGUUAUCAUGAUGAGAUACCUCAUUUGAUGGAGAUCCAAUCUGCUUACCGAGUCAGUUACAAGCGAUCCGCAGCAGAAAAGCAUGAUCGUCGUUUGAUGAGGGAUGCGCGUAUAAUCGCCUACUUCAAGCAAUGCAUUAAAGGAAAAGAAGUAGACACGAACAAAGAGCUAAGCUAUGAGCUCGCUUCUCUUGUUCCUUAUGAGGUUCCAAUAUCGAGUUUAACAAUCAGUCAUCUACAUUGUCAGAUCCCAAGUUCAGAGUUGUUUUAUAGUUUGAAUGCUUCCAUUGUUGGCUUGGGGAUUAGCUCCGAAGUGUUUGAAGAUUUGCCUUUGUGCGUUGGUCUUGGAAUCGUGAGGGGUAUAGACACAGAGAGAGGAAUCUUGUAUGUGAUCACUCCAGUUGCAGAAAAUGUAGUUGAGAAAGUUGAUCUUCUAUGGCAAGGCUUCAUUCAGUUACCUACUAGUCUUUUGGAGGUGAAAGAUUACAGGUCUCCAUAUCUAUCUCCCUAUGUCCUAGCUUCUACCUAAACUUCAUCUUCUUAUAAGACUUUUAUUGCUCAAUUUUUGUUUAUGUUUGCUACUAGUAUGUAUCAUCAAUUUAUCUUAAUACCAAAGACAACCCAAAAAGUCAUAUGGUAUUAAGAUGCUCUAGCUGGACAAAGUUUGUGAUCACAAAAUCAAGUUUUUGAAACCUGAAA